GGGACUCAGCUGAACACGUCGUAGGAAUUCAGGUCCCCAUCCAUUCUAUGCUACAGAAUUCCUAACAACAUACUAAUCAAGCCAAAUCGUCAGCGAUCCCCAUUUGAAUUUCCAAAAUCCUCUCAAACUGCGAUGAUUGCAUUAUGGCAAGCUACCUCACGCCUACCAUCGGCGGCACUUGAUUACAUCAAAGAUUAUCUCCAGACCAAUCAAGAACUCGAACAGACAGACAUAGUAAAUUUCUCGCAUGCCAGUCGAUGCACGCCCGCUGCUGCGUUGCCGGCUACCAGAAAACGGGCCCUGAGUAUGACUGUGCACCCCAAAACUACCAGCAUGUGGAGCAAGGUGAUCUCACUCUCGGGAACGACUACCCAGCGGACGAUCAGACAGGAGAACAGUCUGCUGCUCACAAAGUUGCCUCCCGAGCUGAGAAACAUGAUCUAUCAGAAUGUACUUGGCGAUCGGGUCUUGCACAUAAUACCCAGCCUUGUCCCAAGUCGUUCGCGCCAGAGAUCACAGAAAUCGCCACCUGCAUCGCGUUUCGACUAUGCGACUUGCAAAUGGCCCAAGCACGUGAAUGCAGAGGUUGGUCUCGUCGGUCAGCGACUACACUCCGCAUGUGCGAUCUGGAUCGGUCGUAAUGGCGAGCUGUACUUCAAUGUGCCGCAAAGUAUAUGGAAAGGCGAGAAAGAGCUAGACACCAGCUUUCUAAGGUGGUGGAAUGAGAAGAACAGACUGUUGGCUCUGUUGAGAACAUGUCGAUUAAUAUACUCGGAAGCGGUGCAUAUCCUGUAUGCAACAAACACCUUUGACUUCCUCUCAUUACGAACUUUCGUAGAAUUUCCUAGAACAAUUCUGCCAAGCAGAACACAAUCUAUUCGAACUGUGAACUUGCGCAUAGCAUUCACGACAGCAACGGGACCUAUUACAGGAUGGUCCGAGGCGUGCGCAACACUCAAACUACUGAAAAGACUGCGUAGGGCUGUUUUCAUCCUCGAUGGUCCGAAUGUCACCGUGAACGAAGCCGAAGCCAUUCUAGGGGAUGUUCAUAAACUCAACCUUGAUACCAAAGUUCUAUCUGUUAGUGUUAGGUGGGUUGAGCAAGGAAGUUGGACUGGGAUAUCUGAAUCCAUAAAGAGCAUCAGCAGUUGAGAUAUUAUAGCACUCAGAAUGAAAAAAAAAAACAACUCCUUCACAGAGCCUAUAAAAGCGAUACUAAG